AAUUGUUUUGGGUCCGCCAAUCGGAGGAACUUAUUGCGUUUUGUAAAUGUGGUUUUCUAUCUUUGGGUCCGCCAUCUUGCGCUGCAUCUGGUCACCUCUCGGAUAAAAUGAACCACAUCUGUUAUUCCUUAGAAAUUUGGCGUUGAUUUCUAUUCAAAUAAGUGUAAGUGUCAGUGAAAACUGACAUUAUACGCCAUUUGCCUGUCGUGCUGGCUGCUAAAAACAGUCACAGCUAAGAGUAUCGAUCUAUCCAGUCAAUACUGAUCCGUGUUAUUUUGUGUGUGUGUGUGUGUGUGUGUCUGUGUCUGUGUGUAAUUGACGGUGUUUAAGGAUAAAAUAUGACAACUCUGACAAGGCAGGACCUGAACUUUGGACAAGGUAAGAGAACCGAGCUGCGCUACAGACUAAUCAGACAUAAACCUGGUUCAUUUUGCAAAGUUUAACACCGAUGAGCAGCGCGUCACACAAAAUUCUCUUCUCGUGUUGUGUUGUUGAGCUAAUAUGUUGACUCUGAAUCGCAGGAUAAUUAUGUUUUAUUUGUUGGUUGUCUGUCAUAUAAAGAAAACCAGUGAAAUGAAGAGAAUAAAUGAUGAUCGAGAUGAUCUGGUUUCUGCUCUUUAGUGGUUGCAGACAUCUUGUGCGAGUUCCUGGAAGUCGCUAUCCAUCUCAUCCUGUAUGUUCGAGAAGUUUAUCCCUCCGGCAUAUUUCAGAAGAGAAAGAAGUACAAUGUACCUGUGCAGGUAACGGCGUUUAGACUUGGAAAAGUGUGUUAAAUGUUUAAAAAAAGCAUAGUUUGAUUGUCUGCAAAUCAUGCAAGCCAUCAAAGCGAAGAUAACACAGUAAACUUUAUUCUGGAUGUCUUGGUGUUCUCUUGUAGAUGUCGUGCCACCCUGAGCUCAAUCAGUAUAUUCAGGAUACGCUUCACUGCAUAAAGCCACUCAUUGAGAAGGUAACACAUGGUGAUUGAAACAUGCUGAGGUGGAUUUAGUGUCUUCUCUCAUCACUGAAACCCCUCUACUCCUCAGAACGAUGCAGAGAAGGUUGUCGUGGUCAUUAUGGACAAAGAGCGUCAUCCAGUGGAGAGAUUUGUGUUUGAGAUUUCCCAGCCUCCUCUGCUGUCUAUCAGGUGGUCUAGCAAGGGGUUUCUUUCUUUUUUUCAUAAACAAGUGUAAACUUGGGCUUACUGUGUUUUGGAGAGUUCUCAUGGUCACUAACUGCAUGGGGUUUUGCUUUUUUCCAGCUCAGACACUUUACUGUCACAUGUGGAGCAGCUGCUGAGGGCUUUCAUCCUGAAGAUCAGUGUGUGUGAUGCUGUUUUAAAUAAUAACCCACCAGGUAAUUACAUUAAGAAAUGACAGACAUGCUACCCAUCAUAGACUUAUAUCUCUCUAAAAUGCUAACAAUUAAGAAGGUGAAGUUUUUUCAAAGAUCUUCUUUUCCCCGUGAUGUUACUGACGGGCAAGUGAGGAAUUUUGGAAGAGGGGAUGGUGAUUAUGUGCUCUUGCUUUCUCUAACCAGUCAAAAGAGGAGCUGGUGCAUUAUGGACUAAUUGUAGACAUGACAACAAGGCUUGGUUAACACCAACAUUAAGUGUAUCACAACUGUCCAACCAAGUAGAAAUAAAAGCAUGUAGCACUUGUUCAGCUUCAUUAAAAGAUAAAACAGAUUCAAUCUUUGAUGAAAACCAACCCACGCCAACAUGUCUCUGGAAACACUGGAUCCAAACACAAUAAUCUCUGUCUUGUUUUUAUGUUAAAAAAAACUUUCAGGGUACUUUCAUUGUUUCUUUUCAUGAGCAGAUAGAUUUGUGUAUUAUAUUAAUGGUUAGAGACACUACUUUUUUGAAAGUUUUAACGCAGGGGAAGUAGGCUAACUUUAAACAGUAGUUGCCCAAGAAUUAAACCUUGGGGUAUGCCACCAUAUAAGCAUUAAAAUGGCAGAGUCACCUGAGUAGACGGUCAAUGAAGCUUAAAAGAGCUUAAAAGAGUUGUUAUUGAACGGGAGCGGCUUUCUCUGGGGUUUUUAAACAAGCCUUAAGAUAGGUCUAAAAUUUAGAGUUUCUAGGUGAAUGCAAUGGCAUGUUAAAGAUAUUUUGGUGGUAAAGGAAACAAAUUAGAGACUCAUUUGUGACCCUUUGUGUCUUUGUUCCAGGCUGUUCUUUUUCAGUACUAGUACAUACGAGAGACGCUGCAACACGUAACAUGGAGAAGGUUCAAGUCAUCAAGGUGAGUUUUUCGGGAAACUGUGAACCCACAGUAGUGUGUAAUCACUGAAUAAGUCUCUGCAUGUGUUUGGUCAUAUUUGUGCAAUUCAGGAUUUUCCCUGGAUAGUUGCUGAUGAGCAGGAGGUCCACAUGCAGGAACCUCGACUCAUUCCACUGAAGACCAUGACAUCAGAUUUAGUAAAGGUGAGUAAAAACCUCUUUAAGAUAAAACCACAAUCAUAAAAAUGCAAAUGUUGACAUUAAUGGGUUGUUUUUUGGCUUGUGGCUUUGCAGAUGCAGCUCUACGUGGAGGAGAGAGCCCAGAAAACAUAGGCCCUCGCCCUGCAGAGGCAAACUGAUGCUGCAUUAUCCAUUCUGUAUAAACACCAUGAGUCUGAACUGACACAAAGCUGGUCAGAGCAGAAAAAGACACAAGGUCAGAGUUGGACACAAGGAAUCAGCAAGAAAGUGAUGCGGAAUGUAUUUUUUAAGUGUGUCAAUGAUGCUGUAGUCAAGGGUUUAGGGUUGGACUGACAGCCUGUGCCGACAUUUCACUGAAAGCUAAAUCUGACCCAGACUGUGAGCUGCCUGCCUGAGAUCAAAUCACAAGAUAACAUGAAUGUGGUCAUUGUUAUAUUGUCAUGUAUUGUAUUUAAACAAUUUUAUGCAGAUGCACUGUAUGUAAGUGCAACAAAUUGACCUGGAUGAAAUUGUUGCAUGAUGACUCUAAAAUCCCAGGGAAAAUGAAACAUACCAGUUCAACAAUACUGGCUGUAAAUUCAACGCUAUCACCAGCACAUGCUACAUACCUCUGGUUUAAGUGUGACCCUUCACAGAUGUGUUGUUCUUGUAAAUAUGCUUUUUGUUUGUCUUGAUGCUUCUUUUGGUGUUUGUUUAACCAGUGGUAAUUCUCAGCUGUUCAAUUGGUGAUUUAAUGUUGAAUUUUGGUUUAAUGGUAAUAAAUUUGAUUUUUAAUCACCAGCA